CCUCUCUUCUUUUUCUCCUGGCACUUGCUGCCGGCAGAUUUCGGCCGCUGUGCGCAUGUGCAAAGGUGUCCCCACACUGACAAUGCUGGAGAGAUAGCGCUGUUUGGGAUUGAGAAAACCCAGAGAAAAAGAGACAGAAAGUUAAAAAAAAAAAAAAAAAAAAAGGGGGAGAAGGAAAUAGAAAAAAGAUUGACAAGACAAAGCAACACGGAGAGACUGGCAGCAUGAGGUCCAAAGGCAGGGCGCGGAAACUGGCCACGAGUGAUGGCAGUGAUGACUUUGCUCCAUUUCCUGCCAACGUCUUAGAUGAUGUUUGUAGUUCCAAUGAAGACCCCACGCUCUCGUCAACCCUGGCAGAGGACCCGCUGUCUGAUGAUGAGUUGUCACCUCAUUCAAUCCAGCAAUCAAGCGUCUUUUUCACCCAAAAUGAUCUGACCAUCCCUCUGGACUUUGAAUUGAGAGAGUCGUCAGUUCCAGCUGCUGGUUUGGGCAUCUGGAGUCGCAGGAAGGUGGAUUGUGGGGAACGCUUUGGACCGUAUGAAGGAGAACACAGUCCUUGCCUCCAUGAUCCCACUCAAGGCUGGGAGGUAAGAAUGUAUAAAUUCCUUUGGCGUUAUGGAGCUUUAUUUUAG